GGUCGAGCUGAUGUUGAGCAACAUGGCGGCUCUCGCAUUGGACACGGACGCAUCGGACGAGAUCGGAUCGCGGUGAUCGCGAUUUUCUCGCUCGUCACAGCUCCGCGAGGGACCGAGCGACCACGAGCGACUCCGUCUCGCGACCCAGAGGAGCCUCGUCGCCUUCGUCUCGUUUGCGCGAGCCGCUUCGCAUUGUUCGCCGUCGCGUCGUCGCAAGUUGCGCGUGGGUGCGCGCUGUGUUGUUUUCCGUGUGCGUGCGUGGGUGUCGCGGAGGCGCAGCUCCACCGUCCCGCGACCCCGUCGCCUCGUCGCGCGACGUGCAAAACAAACGUGUCGCCGCAGCGAUCGAACUUGUGGGGGGGAAGUGAAAGAACUCGGCGAGAGACGGACGCGGGAAGGUGUCGCGAGGCGGAAUUCGGCGCUGGUGUGAUCGAUAUGACACCCGCGAUCAUGGGUCGCCGCUCCACCCGAGGAUCGUCCUCGUCACGCGUAGUAAACACGGUGGAUCGCGACGACCCGACCAAGACGGAAGAGUGAACGAGGAGCGGCGCGCGCGCGCGCUCUCUCCAUCAACGUACAUAUCGUCAUUACUCGGAGGAUCCUCUCGGGGAAAGAAAAAGGGGGGUGGCAAGGUGGCGAGAGAGUGCCGCCGCGUCCUCCCGAUCAGUGUGCAGAUCGUCGCCCUUCCCCUCGACUUGGAUAAUCGCAGCGGAGUCGCGUUCGAAUGCGGAGCGUGCCACGAUGGUGAUACGAUCAUAAUUACCAAUUCGCAGCUUGCCGCGUGCAAAUGCAAUUGCUCAGAUUUGUCUGCAACCGCGUGUGAAGAUCCCUAAGACUGCCCGUCCUUACCAAGUACCCUUUCAAGUACCAUGUGGAAGUAGUAGUCUAUAAAUCCCACUGAAAGGAGGAUGCCAGUAACUAAACGCAUUCCAUACCCUUCGCGAUCCGACGGCGGUAGUAGCGAGAGCCCAUUGCUCGUGGAAGAAGGUGAGACAGUCGGUGCACCUCACAGUCCACGCAACAUACACAGUCACAGCCAUUCACAUGGCAAUCCACACCGAUCUCACAGCUAUCAUCAUGAAAAGCCCAAACAAUUAGUGAAAUACGGUGAACUAGUUAUACUUGGGUACAAUGGUUACCUUCCACCUGGCGAUAGGGGGAGGAGAAGAAGUAAAUUUGUAUUAUACAAAAGACCCGUGCCAAAUGGUGUUAAACGUAGCAAGCACUACAUCGUUAAAACGCCGCAUAGUUCGCAAGCCAUCCUCAACACACAGCAGCACUCGAUUUCAUACACACUCUCCAGGACGCAGGCUGUUAUUGUCGAAUAUACGGAAGAUGAAAAAACGGAUAUGUUUCAGAUCGGCCGUUCGUCCGAGUCGCCUAUCGAUUUCGUAGUGAUGGACACGUGUGCGGGCGGUGGCGACGGCGCGCCUGCUAUCGAAGGACGUGUCGCCCAAAGCACCAUCAGCAGGUUCGCUUGUCGAAUCCUGGCGGACCGAUCGGAUCCCAGAAUCGCCAGGAUCUAUGCCGCGGGCUUCGACAGUUCGAGGAACAUUUUUUUAGGGGAAAAAGCAACCAAAUGGCAGGAGAAUCGCGAGAUUGACGGGCUUACGACCAAUGGAGUUCUGAUAAUGCAUCCGCGGGGCCAGUUCUGCGGUGGCGAGGCUCAAUGCGGUUUCUGGCGGGAGGUCAGUGUGGACGGCGGAGUUUUCUCGCUCAGAGAAAGUAGGAGUGCUCAGCAGAAGGGCAACGUCGUGGAGGAUGAGAGCAAUGUUCUGCAAGAUGGCACUCUCAUCGACCUCUGCGGUGCUACUUUGCUCUGGCGGUCCGCCGAAGGCUUAGCCAAGUCUCCGACAAAACAGGAUUUAGAGGAAUUAGUCGACGCUAUAAACGCCGGCAGGCCGCAAUGUCCUGUGGGCUUGAACACAUUGGUCAUACCACGCAAAGCAGCUUCGGAUUCGGCGCAGCAGCAGCCAUACGUUUACCUUAAAUGCGGUCAUGUACAAGGGCAUCACGAUUGGGGCCAGGAAAAGGAUAAGGUUACGAGAAGGUGUCCCAUGUGCCUUGUCGCAGGGGCGGUAGUCAAAUUGUCUAUGGGAAUAGAGCCUGCCUUUUACGUAGACUGCGGACCGCCCACUUACGCAUUUAGUCCCUGUGGGCAUAUGGCUACAGAGAAAACUGUCAAAUAUUGGGAAAAGGUAGCCAUUCCACACGGCACAAACGGCUAUAUCGCGAUCUGUCCCUUCUGCGCGGUACCGCUCGAGGGAACGCCAGGAUAUGUAAAACUAAUUUUUCAGGAUAAUGUAGAUUGAAGAUAUAAAUAAUGGAAGCAUGUAGAAAUUAAUAACUUCUUAAGAAAUAUAAGAAUUAUUAAACUCAA